CUGUAGGACAAGUAACCGUAUGGAACGAGAAGAUGGUCACUGAAACGGUGGGUACUGUUUUUUUAUCUCCAUUUUUCUCCAGUUCAAAAGCUUCACUUUCUCAGCUGCUAUUUUUUUUUUUUGGGUUCAAACCCUCAAAUCUAUUUUCUCCAUCAAUCUGAAGUAGAAGAUGGGAACAUUGGGUAAAGCAAUCUACACCGUUGGAUUCUGGAUCAGAGAAACCGGCCAAACUCUCGAUCGCCUUGGCUGCCGCCUCCAGGGCAACUACUACUUCCAAGAACAACUGUCGAGGCAUCGGACGCUGAUGAACGUAUUCGACAAGGCUCCUGUUGUUGAUAGGGAUGCCUUCGUGGCACCUAGCGCUUCUGUCAUAGGUGAUGUUCAGGUCGGACGAGGUUCUUCUAUAUGGUAUGGAUGUGUUUUGAGAGGUGAUGUUAAUAACAUCAGCAUCGGGUCUGGAACAAAUAUCCAAGAUAACUCCCUUGUUCACGUCGCAAAAUCUAACCUGAGUGGAAAGGUUUUACCAACUAUUAUCGGAAGUAAUGUUACCGUGGGUCAUAGUGCUGUUUUACAUGGAUGUACUGUUGAGGAUGAAGCGUUCGUUGGUAUGGGGGCUACCCUAUUAGAUGGAGUUUAUGUUGAGAAGCAUGCCAUGGUUGCUGCCGGAGCUCUUGUGAGGCAGAACACUAGGAUCCCAUGUGGAGAGGUUUGGGGAGGUAACCCGGCCAAGUUCCUAAGGAAGCUAACGGAAGAAGAGAUGGCCUUCAUUUCCCAGUCAGCCUUAAAUUAUUCCAAUUUAGCUCAAGUUCAUGCUGCGGAAAAUGCAAAGAGCUUCGAUGAAAUCGAAUUUGAGAAGAUGCUGCGCAAGAAAUUUGCUCGUCGGGAUGAGGAAUAUGAUUCAAUGCUCGGUGUUGUUCGUGAGACACCUCCCGAGCUUAUCCUUCCGGAUAAUAUUCUCCCCAAUAAAGUCCCCAAAACCGCUUAGGCGUUGAUACUCAAUAAUGCCUUUCUAGGUUAAUUCUCUUGAGAUUCAAUGUUCCCGGAUAUUUUGUUAUGAUCUGCGGAUAUACAGAGAAUGGCUGCUUUUUCAGUUCCAAUAAUUUUGGGGUACGGCCUCGCUGAGAUCUUAAAA